AUGAUCACCUCCAUCCUUACCGCGGUUUCCCUGCUGGGAGCCGCCUGCGCCUCCUCCGUGACGCCCGUCGUGGCGGCCGGUGGAUGCGGCAAUAUACACUCCUACUAUCCCUACACAGGCACGACAGGAUACUUCAUGGUGACGGUCAGCGGAUGCGUGGAUGCCUCUGCACCUGACCACACAUGCGCCAUCGAAGGGUUCCGGGACACAGUGGUUCCGUCCGGGAACGACAAGGGAUACCUGGCCAUCGGCUUUCGAGGCGAUCUGGCCAUCGUCCAGAUCAUGUGUAGCGACGCCUCCCCAUCUGCCAUCGACGCCUGCGUCAACUUCGGCCAGCAGGGCUGCGAGUUCCAAUCCAUCCGAGUGCAAUCCGAUGCCUCGUCCGGCCACUUGAUGUGGGGGUUGUCCACGCCGGAGAGCAUCCCCGUCGAGUACUAUCAUCACGUUGUGGAUGGCAAGCAGCAGGAAGGGUUGUUCAUUGGGGCACAGAAUGUGACCAGCUGGGCGAUCAAGCAGCAUGCCGCCGACGAGUAUUCCGAGGUUCCUUACUGGCUGCCCCGAUUGCUGGGACCGGAGCAGAAAUUGGAGGAGGGUGAGCUGAAGACAUUCCUCCAGGUUAAUUAUUUUUAA